AUGAGUAUGAUCAAGAACUAAGCAACAACUCAUGAAUUUUGUGACUGCACAAUCGGUAAAUGGGAGCCUCUAGAGAAUCUUCAUCUUGAGCUUAAUGACAUUUCUUUGAACUUUAAGAAUCUUCCACAUGUUACUAGCAAUUUCAUAAGGGAUGGAUACCUUUACCUGCUUGUAAAGGAUCUAUUCAACCAUCAGAAAUCAGUACCAAUUUUCAGUGAGUUUAUGCACAUACUCUUUCACAUGGAGAGUUUCUAGUUUCAAGACUAACUCAAUGGAGAUUUUCUCAUGAGAUUCAAUCCUGGAUAUGUUAACAUACCAGUGGCAUUGAAAAUCCAAGGAAACCAGAUCUCAGUAGCUGAGUUUUAAGCAGCUAUAUUCUCGUCACCAUUCUUUAAGAGGUGUGAAAUUCUGAGUUUCAAUCCUUUGAACCUAUAAUUGCAAAUUCAAUUCAGGUCUAAAUUUUCCUCUCAGGCAUUUACUCAUUGGCUCAACAAGUACUACUCAGAUGUGUUGAGUGUAGUCUGUAACUCAUCUGAUCUUGUGCUUUAGAUUGACGCUGAGCCAUAUAACCCCAAGAAUGAGAUCAAUCUAGAGAGUGAGAAAAAGAGAAUCGUUGAGAAGAUGUAUCAGUAUUACAACUAUUUGCUUUUGGAUUAAAACAAGGAUAGAAUAAGGAAGGAGAACAACAACAAUACUACUAUGAAUGCUUCAACUAAUGUGACUGCUAACAAUCUUACCUUGAAGAAUCAAACCUCUAAUCUAAAUUCAACUCGAGAUUUAAUGCUCAAACAGUCAAAGAGUGAGACUUCAUAUCUAUUGGAUAAGACUCAUAGAGAUACUAAUGAUGCUAAAGCUUAGGGGAGUUUACUUCUCAAAACUGACACAAUUGAUGAUGAAGUUACAACAGCUUUGGGAUUUGUUCAGAAGAAUCCAUUUAAGCAAUGUGAUGAAGGAGAGUAGUCCUUGAAACACCCUGAUAUCUCGAUAAGAUACUCAAUGCAUGAACUACUCAUGAUAUUUAAAGUAACUGGGAGAUUUGAUCAUCCUCUUACUAGUAUGAGCAGCUUCAAGAUGGAUGAAAAUGACAAAGAUGCCAAGAAAAUUCUCUGUGAAAUCACAAACAAGAAGCCAAAUGUGAUUCUCAAUCUGUUGAACUUUGACCAAGAUGAGAAGCCAUAGAAUGGUCCUAACGGACUCUAUAGUCAACGAAGCACUAAAAAUCAUGCCAGUAACAUCCUUUUGGACAUCGACACUGAGAUUCACUCCUUAUCAACCAUUAAGAUAUGA